GCUGCUAGAAUCAAGGGCGUAUCUAAACUUGUAUUUACGGUAUUUCACCGGCCCGCCCAACCUCGUCAGCUGUCCGGAACUAAUCAGAAGAAAACUUCCGGGGGAUGUGAAGAGGUGCGAAAAGUUACCCCACCAAGUUUUGGAAACUUUCCAAUUGUGGGGCAAAUCCUCAAUAAACAAGAGGCCAACUAUCAUUGGCUAGAAGACGGUGCUGUUUUUGAAGGCCUAGCAUCACCGGUGCCAGAGACGGAGAGACAAGAGCCAUCACAGCCCCCUGGUCAGAUUACAGACACGGUACCAUGGCCAGUAUGGCUCAUCAAACAGGAGGAAAUGGCUGAUGAUGAUCUGGAAUCGGAAGGUUACGGCGAGUGGAUUCCAGAGACUCACAAGGCCAACCAGAAUAUCACAGGAGAAAGUGAUGAGGAAGAGAGAAGUCCAGCCUCUGGGGGAUCCAGAGAACUUGGACUCGACGACUUCAAGAGAGAACAGAGUCCGUUGCUGGUGUCAGCUGAGGAUGCUGCGACACCCAUAAAGACAAAGUAUAAAACACGCAUGUUAGAACACACUGGGAAGCCACGUUUUCGCUGCGAUAUCUGCGGUGAGAAAUUCCAGCGUCAGAGCGGCUUGACCAGGCACCAGCGGCACAAACACAACACCGUGAAAACCUACAGUUGCACUGUGUGUGGGAAAGGGUUCACCUACAUCAAAUCCCUCAACACGCAUGAGCUCACGCACUCUGAGGUCUCUAUCAGUUCAACUAUAACUCUGGAUGAAGCCAAGGCAAGGAAAAGAGGUCUGACUGAUGAACCCACAGACAGAAAUGCAGCAAGAGAUAUGAUCAGUGCCAUCCUUCACUCAAAGCCGGGUGGAGAAAAGGUAUUCCAGGAGUAUGGGAAAACCAAAGGUCUUACGGAUAGCACACGAAGACUGAUGGUGAACAUUAUUGUGGCCGACAUGAUGGAAAAUCAUGGGUACGUAUGAUGACAAAUGGUAUAAUAUUUAAGUGUAUGAUUUGUCAAACUUAAAGGUAUUAGACACCCCAAAAUGAAAGCCUGCUAGAUGAUUUCAGACCUUAAAAGCAGACUACUGUCAAUAUACUUUAUGUCCUCAUCCCACACUAUUGCUUGAUAUAUUUUUGUUGCCAAUUCUUUCCGUUCAUUUUGAGGUAUAGUUACUAUAUCUACAAACCAAUGGUUAGGAAAUGUAAACAUGGCUUGACAGUAGUGUACUUUUGACGUAUGAAAAUAUCUUAAAAGCUUUCAUUUUAGGGUGCCCUUUGACACAAGCUCCAUUACUGUGGCAUUGUGAUUUUAGGUGGAUCUGAAACACCAGUCAUGCAUGCAUUCCCUGUAGAGUACCAGUCUGA